AACACAAGGAAACGAGAGGACUUUAGGGUUGACCAAACAAAAUGAGCCAAGAAAAGCUGGAGAAGAAACCUAUAACUUAUGACGUAAAAGAAGAGGCCAAAAAGACUCCGGCGACGGAGGGAGGCAUUGCGACGGAUGACAAAGAGAAAGGUGUCGUCGCCGAGUCUACCGGUGUUCAGGACGAGGGAGAAGUAAACCAGAAAAAGCCGGAAGGUACCAUAACAAUCGGAGAGGCUCUAGAGGCAGCGGUUCUCACGGCAGGGAAUAAGCCAGUGGAGUGGAGUGACGCAGCGGCCAUACAAGCGGCUGAGGUUAGAGCCACGGGAAAGACCAACAUCAUGCCGGGCGGUGUUGCAGCUUCGGCUCAGUCAGCCGCCACUCUCAACGCUCGAGCUAACUCCGAGGACGACAAGACUACGCUCGCAGAUGUUCUCACUGGAGCGAGUAGCAAAUUACCGUCGGACAAACCAGCAACGAGGAAAGACGCAGAGGGAGUGACAGGUGCAGAGAUGAGGAACGAUCCCCAUCUCACUACUUACCCAACCGGUGUGGCCGCAUCUGUUGCUGCGGCUGCUCGGAUAAACCAAGCCAAGUGAUACCAUCCUUCUUUCUUGGAAGCUACGUAACUAAUGCUAUUGAGAAGCCAAGUAUGUAAACUAAAAACUAU